AUGGAUCUCUCUUGGUGUAUCAUUUGCGAUCGUCACUGUGCUGACAACGACCUUUAUUGUUCCGAAGUCUGUCGCUUUCAAGACACGGAUGGCCAAAAGCCCAUGCUGGAAAACACGACAAGUAUGUUUGACAAGGCACCAUCACUUGUUUCGCCACCUGCCUCUCCCAUCAUGUCACCUUUACUCUAUUCUUUCCAACCCGUCUACCAC